AUGGGGGACCUCACAGUAUGGCAGCUUGCUUUAUCAAAGCCAGCAAGUGAUCCAAAUGAAGAUACAGAAUGGAAUGAAAUUUUAAGAGAUUUUGGCAUUCUUCCUCCAAAAGAAGAGCCAAAAGAUGAAAUUGAAGAAAUGGUUUUACGUUUACAGAAAGAAGCAAUGGUUAAACCAUAUGAAAAGAUGACUCUUGCACAGUUGAAGGAAGCUGAAGAUGAAUUUGAUGAUGAAGAUAUGAGUGCUCUUCAAAUAUAUAGAGAAAAGCGGUUAAAGGAAUGGAAAGCUCUUAAGAAAAAACAAAAAUUUGGGGAAUUAAGAGAAAUUUCUGGAAAUCAGUAUGUGAACGAAGUCACAAAUGCAGAAAAGGAUGUGUGGGUUAUAAUUCACCUAUACAGAUCAAGCAUCCCAAUGUGUUCGUUGGUUAACCAGCAUCUUAGUCUCCUAGCAAGAAAGUUUCCUGAAACUAAAUUUGUUAAAGCCAUUGUGAAUAGCUGUAUUCAACACUACCAUGACAAUUGUUUACCAACAAUUUUUGUUUAUAAAAAUGGUCAGAUAGAAGGCAAAUUCAUUGGAAUUAUAGAAUGUGGAGGGAUAAAUCUCAAGCUAGAAGAACUUGAAUGGAAGCUAGCAGAAGUUGGAGCAAUACAGACUGAUUUGGAAGAAAACCCCAAAAAAGUCAUUGUAGAUGUGAUGGUAUCUUCAAUUAGAAACACUUCUAUUUGUGAUGACACUAAUAGCUCAAACAGUGAUAAUGAUGAUACCAAAUAGAAAUACUUAAUAAAUAGCUUUAAAGUGUUUAUAUAUGGAAUAUUUUAUUUGCCACUGCCUUUAUAAUCAAAGAUCAGAAAAUUCAUAAAUAAAUUUCUUUUCUUUUUUAUAUUAGAAUUAUAGCUUAUAUGUCAUUAUAAAAACUUUCAGGUAUUUUAGAAUAUUCAUUGCCUCCAACAAAACUAGAAUUUGUACUGAACCCUUAAUAUUUGUUUGUGAUUUAUCUUUUUUUGGAUCCUUAUUGGACAAAAACAAAAAUAUUACAAGUCCUCUGUGUUGCCUGCUCACUUCCAAAGAGGCCUGUGGAUAAAAAUGAUGAAA